UUUUUUUCAGGCUCACCCGAGCUUCCCGAGGGCGGUUUGUCUAGUGGAGAAGGAGGUUCGCGCCGCCUGAGAACAGCAUACACAAACACACAGCUUUUAGAGCUGGAGAAAGAAUUCCACUACAACAAAUACCUUUGCCGACCACGCCGUGUGGAAAUAGCCGCGCUGCUCGACGUUACGGAACGCCAGGUUAAAGUGUGGUUCCAGAACCGACGGAUGAAACAUAAACGCCAGACCCAGACUAAAGACAUCCACGGGGAGCUAAGCAAGACAACUGUCGGGGAGGAUAAUGGUGCACAGAGCGACGAGGACGCCUCCAUUUGUGGCCUCAGUCAUGGCAGAUUGGGCGUUGAAGAUGGAGAGUCGAACACUUUUCAAAACGACCUGUCAAACGUUUCUGGGCAGUCCUGUAAUGAUAACGACAUGCAACAUUUUGAAAUGUUUUCUAACAGAUUUAUGGAAAGAAGUCUAAAAGAUGUUUCCAGUCAGUCACCUACUGCUCUGGGCAAGGGGAUAAUAAUAUGCAACCGAUGUGCCAGUACGGACAGUUGCGAUUCCCCGCAUGUUAUGGACAUGUCUGUGCAGGACUUUUUUUCGACCGACUCAUGUCUGUCUGAUGCAGCUUCGCCAGUGCUGUACAAGUCUCUAGAAAGCACAGAUGGUGUUUCAUCCGACUUUUAUUUAUUUACGGAUUCUCUGACUACAGCUGAUUUACAAAAUGCAAACUACUGAUUAUCCAAUUGGAUCAGUGAACAAAUGAAAGGAUAAAUCAGGAGUUUUAAAUGAUUUUUUUGUUUGCAAUAUCUGACGCGAUUAUGAUAACAUAUCGAAGGUAAGCUACAUAAGUCAUGCCCUG